AUGACAGAUGCUGCUUCGGGGACACAAACGGAUGGGCACCGCACGCUCUAUCCCCUCCUGCUUCUCGCUACCGCCGCCGCCACCUUUGCCACCUCCUCCACAUCCACCGACACCAUUGGCAGGGCCGCGUCCAUCACCGGCAACCAGACGAUCGUCUCGGCCGGUCGCGUCUUUGAGCUCGGCUUCUUCACCCCGGACAGCGCCGCCGACGGCAGGACGUACCUAGGCAUUUGGUACGCCAACAUCCCGGGACCCACUGUCGUGUGGGUUGCCAACCGCGAGACCCCGGUCAUCAACUCUCCUGGCGUCCUCAAGCUCUCCCCCGACGGCCGGCUUGUCAUCCUCGACUGGAUCGACGACAAGGAAAGAAUCACUGUAUGGUCCUCGGGGGCUCCCGCUACCUCACGGGCCACCGCGCAGCUGCUGGAUGAUGGCAACUUCAUCCUGAGCGCGGAUGGGAGCGGUUCUCCGCAGAGCGUGUCGUGGCAGGGCUUCAACUACCCGACGAACACGCGGCUCCCCGGCAUGAAGCUCGGGGUGGACACCAAGGCCGGCGUCGACAGGAACAUCACGUCAUGGAGCAGCCCGAGCGACCCCUCGCCGGGGACUUUUACACCUAACAACCGGCGCCUAAGACAGAGUGUGCUCAUCGCCCUUGCUGCGACGAUUUCCAGUGUUCUUAUACUAGUGUCUUGCUGCUGGUGGUUUUGGAGGAGCAAGGUGACGAGAAAAAUUCAAAGUGAAAUGGCGUUGUCCGCGCCAAGCAGUGAAAACGAUGCGCUCCCGUUCAAGGUCAGGAUGAAGCACCCUUCAUUGAGCCCAGUACGAGAUCAGCCGCUGGAUGAGGACCGGAAAUCUGCUGCUGCUGACAAAGAUGUCGACCAGCUGCCGUUAUUUGAUCUAGAGGCGAUUCUAGAUGCCACAGACAACUUUGCGGAGCACAAUAAGAUCGGAGAAGGUGGGUUUGGUCCUGUUUACAAGGGGAUGCUAGAGGAUGGGCAACGAGUAGCUGUGAAGAAGUUGGCUCAGGGAUCAAUGCAAGGGCAAGGGGCUGAGGAGUUCAUGAACGAGGUGAUACUGAUUGCCAAGCUGCAGCACAGAAACCUUGUGAGGCUACUCGGUUGCUGCAUCGACGACAAUAAGAGGAUGCUCGUGUACGAGUACCUGCGCAACCAGAGUUUAGACAUCUUCAUAUUUGAUGAAGGAAAGCGCAGAUUGCUCAGGUGGCAUAAACGGUUUGAGAUCAUUUUGGGGAUUGCACGGGGUCUACAGUAUCUUCACGAAGAUUCAAGGUUCAGGAUCAUCCAUAGGGAUUUGAAGGCCAGCAACGUGUUACUGGACAGGAACAUGAUCCCCAAAAUUUCAGAUUUUGGAAUCGCGAGAAUGUUCGGAGGUGAUCAGACCACUGCAUAUACUUUUGGCUACAUGUCUCCAGAAUAUGCAAUGGAUGGUGUGAUUUCGAUGAAAUCCGAUGUCUUCAGCUUCGGUGUGCUGGUGCUAGAGAUCAUCACUGGCAAGAGGAAUCGAGGCUCCUACGAACCCGAGCACGAUCUCAACCUCCUAGGAUAUGCAUGGAUGAUGUGGAAAGAAGGUAGGGGAGUGGAUUUGCUGGAUGAGAUAAUGGGUGCCAACUUCCACCACGACAAGGUGCUGAGGUGCACACAGGUCGCCCUCCUCUGCGUCGAAGCGCAGCCGAGGAACAGGCCCUCGAUAUCCACGGUUGUCAUGAUGCUGGCCAGCGAGAAUGCCAUGCUUCCGGAGCCAAAUGAACCUGGGGUGAAGAAUACUGGGAGGAGCACGUCGGACGCCGAAUCGUUGCAAAGCUUCACCGCAAAUUAUGUGACAGUAACAUCAUUGGAGGGAAGGUAG